CACUUUCUAAUUAUUUCGAAAAUCUUAGGCAAACCGUGCGACUCACAGCCCCUCCUCGAACAGCCACUGCCCCUCGCCGUCUGCCACCGCCGCCCCUCAUCGUCUGCCACCACAGCCCCUUACCGUCGGUUCCUUCUCAGUUCUCCUCCAGGCGUCUGGCGUCUCCCCUCUUGGAAUGAGCCGAUUACAAGGGCCCUCGCUCCUGAAGCGCAAACGGCCAGACUCAAAUUCACCUUCUGUGUCUUUGACAGAACAUGAGCGUCUCCUCUAUGAUCUGAUCCAAAGCAAGCAAGACAUGGCAAUAUGGACCAGGGACAUGAAACGAGAAACAAACCUCCCUGAUAAUGUGGUUACCAAAUCCCUUAAGUCACUUCAAACCAAGAAAUUGAUAAAAGAGGUAGUGAACAUCCAAAAUAAAGGCAGAAAACACUAUAUUGCGGCAGAGUUUGAACCAUCAACGGAAAUAACUGGUGGGACUUGGUAUGCUGAGGGGAACCUUGAUACGGAGUUUAUAAACUUUCUGAAAAAACACUGUGUAAAGAUCAUUUAUGAGCAGAAGGUCGCUACACUUGAGGGAGUCUUGGACACAAUCAGAAGGAGUAGAGCCUUCAAUAUUGAGUUCACAACACAGCAAGUUGAAGAGAUAGUGAAUUCUUUGGUUCUAGAUAAUGAGAUCAUGGAGGUGAAGAGCAAUGGAAUAGGGGAGUUUGAUUCUAUUCCUGUUGGGAGAGUUUGUUAUACAUGCACAAACAAAGGAGGCAGUAAAGGUGAGCCGAAGAUCGGGGCCAUGGCUUCCAUUCCAUGUGGAGUUUGUCCAAGGAUAAGUUUAUGUACACCGGAUGGCAUAAUUUCCCCAAAGACCUGUGUCUACUUCACCAAAUGGUUGGAUUUCUAAAUAUAUCACUGCAGAGUUUCUGA